GGCUCGCCCCGUGGUUCUGGAGCACGCCGCCCGCAUUUCCGUUUCCGCCGCCCGCCGCUUGGUUCUCCCGGCCGUGGCCGUGUCGGGUUUGGUGUUUCUGCAUCAUGUCGGGUGGCUUACUGAAGGCGCUGCGCAGCGACUCCUACGUGGAACUCAGCGAGUACCGGGACCAGCACUUUCGGGGCGACAAUGAAGAACAAGAAAAGUUACUGAAGAAAAGCUGUACGUUGUAUGUUGGAAAUCUUUCCUUUUAUACAACUGAAGAACAGAUUUAUGAACUCUUCAGCAAAAGUGGUGAUAUAAAGAAGAUCAUCAUGGGUCUGGAUAAAAUGAAGAAAACAGCAUGUGGGUUCUGUUUUGUGGAAUACUAUUCAAGAGCAGAUGCGGAGAACGCAAUGCGGUACAUAAACGGAACUCGUCUGGAUGACCGGAUCAUACGGACAGACUGGGAUGCAGGCUUUAAGGAGGGCAGGCAGUAUGGACGUGGACGGUCUGGGGGUCAGGUUCGGGACGAGUAUCGGGAGGACUACGAUGCUGGAAGAGGCGGCUAUGGGAAACUGGCACAAAAACAGUGAGUGGGGUGAGCCCCAAGUACACAGGUCACGGUACAUCAACACAGUGGUGAUGCUGGAGAACGUUACCCAAGGUCUCAUCAGUGUCUCUGCUGUACUGGAAGCCACCUCUGGUUUUCCUCUGAAAUAUUAAAAGACAGAAUCCAAAGAACGCCUUUAACUCUAGUCUUAUUAGGAUGAUUUUCUAUUAUUAGGUCAAAAAGCUCUACCCAGGCAACAGACACAAUCUGUGCUGAUUAAACUGUCAGCUGGAUACCAGACUUUUAGGGAGACUGGACAAACAUCAGGACUGGCUUUUAUAAGUAGGCAGGUAAUCUUCAUGGGGACUGAGGUGAUUUUCUUGUACGUUUUACGUUUUCCUAUUUACCAGUGGGGUUUUGCUGUAGCCUGUGUAACUCUGCUCUGAGGAACAGGUGUUUCCCAACUGGAUUCGCCUUUUCUAGUCCAGUAGAGUUGGCACCAAUCCAGCCUUAAAUGGUCCUGGGGAUGCCACCUGCUUCUAUGCUUUAUGCAUCAGGAUACUCUCAGGACGUGAGUGUUCACAAGACACGUUUCCCAAAAAAUGCAAAGGUUUCACUGAAAAUUUAAAUCAAAACAAAACAAAAACAAAGACCUUGUUACACAGAGAGCCUCCGAUAUCCUAAGUAGGGAGGACACUGUCAGUAGGGAACGGAAUGAAAACUCAAAUGUUGCCUGCAGUUGAGCAAGGAAGCUGAGGUUGGAACCAUUAAACUAUUUCUUCCCAUUUUCAAAAGGACCUUAGAGUAGAGUGGGCUUUAGAAAAGGGCUUCACCCAGCUGCUUGGGAGGCUGAAGCAAGAUGAUCAAAAGGUAAAGGCCAGCCCGGGGCCUUGUGAAUCUGCCUCACAAUCGGAACUUAAAGGGGCAGGGGAAGGUGCCAGGCACAGCAGUUAAGGACUUAUUAUGUGAGUGUUUUGCCUUUAAUCCUUGGGGUUCAACAAUAAAAGAGUCUGAAAAUUGGGAGAGAAAACCUACUCUAGGAGCCUCUGGUUACACAUAUUUUAGGCUUUUUUUCCCCCUGAAAUUGUACUUACUGAGGUCCAUGUAUUAAUAAGAGGUCAGUCUGUACAAAAAUCUAAAGAUUUUUUCACUUUCUUUGUAUUAUUAUAUAUGAGUAACUUUUGAUACCAGAAUAAAUCUUUCGUGUUUGUCACUAAAGCAUCGGAGUCUCGCUAGUUUCUCAUGGUUGGGUCACAGCAUCCUUGUCGCUGUAUUAAGUGCAGUUUUCUUGGAGCCAUAACAACUGUUAAUGCUUAGGAAGCCCAUUUGCAAACACUCAGUGAAGAGACACUUAAGUUUAAAAUAAAGCUUUUUAUACUGUAGCUUGAACUGUUUACCAUACAUUCUUUUGUAGUAAAAUAUAAGUCAGAUUUCAAUCAUCUAUGAUUCAAGACAGUGGGAAUUUUAUCUUCUGUAACAAGUUUCAAUAAAGUUAGACCAGCUUC